CAAAGAGUAUAUAACCUUCUUCUUCCUCUUAGACUCCGGCUUCCCGAUCGACUCUUCGCCGAAUCACCGUGGUCUUCAACAUCCAAAUCCGAAUUACAGAGAAAUGGCAUUGGGAGCCGCUCCACAAAGAGGAACUGCUGCAGCUGCAGCUGCGAACAUGCGCCGAAGGAGGACCUCAGGUGGAGGCGGUGGCGGUGCCACUGGCGGUGCUGGUGGUACUAUGCUCCAGUUCUACACGGAUGAUGCCCCGGGGUUGAAGAUAUCUCCCAAUGUUGUGCUCAUCAUGAGCAUUGGCUUCAUAGCGUUUGUCGCUGUUCUUCAUGUCAUGGGGAAGUUGUACUUUGUGCGCCGAGAAGCUUAAGCCUAAGAGAGGCUCUAAUGGAAACAUCUCUCUCUUUAUAGAUAUCUUUUUUGUGUUUGUUGUGUUUCUUGUAUUGAUUGAAACUUGUGUUACACCUUCUUGGCAACACUUUAGACCAAAGUAAUUGGAUUUCUGAGUUCUUAAGUGUAACCAAACAAUAGUAUGAAUUUGGGAAUUUCUUUUACUCAAACCAAGCAUAGUCUAAGUUGGGAGAGCUUCGUUUGUUUGGCAUUCGUUUUCAUAUCAGAGUGUGUUUAAUUGAUUUCGACACCUUUUGGGAGUAAGACUCCAAAACUUAUUGUUUGAUCAUUGAUGGUGUGUAGAUCUAUUAAAAUUUGCUCAUACAG